GCCCCCUUCUGAUUGCCCGCUUUCCGAUUCCUCGCGGUCAUUUUCUUAAUUGGAUGGAGCUGUAGGGUGUCAUCGUGGCGUCAGAUCUGGGUCCCCCACGGUGCCAGGUGGGUACUGAGAUCCCGGGGCCUCCGCACCCCGGGCGCGCAGAUCCCACAGAUCCGUCCCCUCUCUCCGCCACCGCCCCCCCCCUAGCCGUGGACUUGCUAGCUAACUAGUGUGUAUCGGGGUAUUUUUUUCUCCCUACUUGCCUUUUAAGAUGACUUUUAUGGUUCCUGCAACUGCUUCCCUCCAGUCUGAACUGUAGUUUAGGAAGAUUUAAGAGGCCAGAAGGUGCUUGUGUGGGUUUUAACCAACCCGAGACUGUCAUUAAUGUAUCUUUGCGCUCGGGCGAGAUGUCCCGGGUGCUGUGUAGCAGUUGCAGGGCUUGUUUUCACGGGGAUACUGCGAGGUCCUUCCUGGUGAGAGACAGGCCUGCCUGCGAGGGGACAUCCUCUUGGCCCACCCUUGAACUGCAGUUCGAGUGCCCCGCACUUGAAGGGCACCCCACGCGCCUAUAUUUCUGUUCACAAUGCAAACUGCCAGCUGAUGUCCACCUGGAGGGGACAUCGACAGUCUCCGUGGAUACCUGGGAACUCACAGAACUUCCCAAAGGUGCGAAGAGGAGGACUUGGCGCUCUGGGGGUCACCCAGCCAGCUUUGAAGUUGCUUUGUCAGUCCUGCCUUUGUACAUAUGCCAGUGCCACAGACAAGUAUUCUUCUGCACAAUGUUACCCAACCAAGAAGAGCCACGCACAGAUACGCGAUGCCCUCCUAGCCUGCCGCCAGGGGAUGGAGGGCUUCAUGGACUCAGGGACACAGACGGAUGCCGUGGUGGUACUGUCCUUGGCCCAGGCCGCCGUGCUGGGCCUGGUCUCCGAAAAUGAGCUCUUCGGAGCCACCAUAAGCGCCGAAGCCUUCUACCCAGACCUCGGACCUGAGCUGUCUGGGGCAGCCAUUGGGGAGCCCCGGCCACCGGGCCCUAGUGUCUACCAGCUGGCCUGCAAUGGGCGGGCCCUGGAGGAGCCGGCGGAGGAGGAGGUCCUGGAAGUGGAGGCAGCCUUUGAGAAGCACACCCGGCGGAAGACCCGGCCGCCUGUGCGGCUGGUGCCCAAGGUCAAGUUCGAGAAGGUGGAGGAGGAAGAGGAGCAGGAGGUCUAUGAGGUCUCUGUGCCUGGGGACGAAAAGGAUGCAGGGCCACCCGAGGCCCCUGCCGAGGUAGCCGGGGGUGGCUGCGAGGCCCUGGUACAAAGCAGCGCUGUCAAGAUGAUCGACCUCAGCGCCUUCAGCCGCAAGCCCAGGACAGUCCGGCACCUGCCGCGAAUUCCAAGGCCGGAGCUGGAUGUGGCCCCCUAUGACCCUCACUUUCCCGACCCAGGCCAGGAUGGCUUCCCUGAGCCCAGCGUGGAGCUGCCUGGGCCAGAGGCCUUGCCCACGGAGUGUGGUUUCGAGCCACCCCACCUGGCCCCCCUGAGUGACCCCAAGGUCCCCCCCAUGGCCUCCCCAGAGCCCGUGAAGCCAGAGCAGGGCUUCGUAUGGCAGGAGGCGGGCGAGUUUGAGGCGGAUGCUGCAGGCUCCACUGUGGAGCGCCACAAGAAGGCCCAGCUGGACCGGCUGGACAUCAAUGUGCAGAUCGAUGAUUCCUACCUGGUGGAGGCAGGUGACCGGCAGAAGCGCUGGCAGUGCCGCAUGUGCGAGAAGUCCUACACGUCCAAGUACAACCUGGUGACACACAUCCUCGGCCACAAUGGCAUCAAGCCCCACUCGUGCCCGCACUGCAGCAAGCUCUUCAAGCAGCCCAGCCACCUGCAGACGCACCUGCUCACACACCAGGGCACACGGCCCCACAAGUGCCAGGUGUGCCACAAGGCCUUCACACAGACCAGCCACCUCAAGCGCCACAUGCUGCUGCACUCCGAGGUCAAGCCCUACAGCUGCCACUUCUGUGGCCGUGGCUUCGCCUACCCCAGCGAGCUCAAGGCCCACGAGGUGAAGCACGAGAGUGGCCGCUGCCACGUGUGUGUCGAGUGCGGCCUGGACUUCUCCACCCUGACCCAGCUCAAGCGCCACCUGGCCUCCCACCAGGGCCCCACCCUGUAUCAGUGCCUCGAGUGUGACAAGUCCUUCCACUACCGCAGCCAGCUGCAGAACCACAUGCUCAAGCACCAGAAUGUGCGGCCCUUCGUGUGCACCGAGUGCGGCAUGGAGUUCAGCCAGAUCCACCACCUCAAGCAGCACUCACUCACCCACAAGGGCGUGAAGGAGUUCAAAUGUGAGGUGUGUGGCCGGGAGUUCACCCUGCAGGCCAACAUGAAGCGGCACAUGCUGAUCCACACCAGCGUCCGGCCCUACCAGUGCCACAUCUGCUUCAAGACCUUCGUGCAGAAGCAGACCCUCAAGACCCACAUGAUUGUACACUCGCCUGUGAAGCCAUUCAAGUGCAAGGUAUGCGGCAAGUCCUUCAACCGCAUGUACAACCUGCUGGGCCACAUGCACCUGCACGCGGGCAGCAAGCCCUUCAAGUGUCCCUACUGCUCCAGCAAGUUCAACCUCAAGGGCAACCUGAGCCGGCACAUGAAGGUCAAGCACGGCGUCAUGGACAUCGGCCUGGACAGCCAAGACCCCAUGAUGGAGCUGGCAGGCCCUGACCCCUCAGAACUCGAUGGCCAGCAGGAGCUGGAGGACUUCGAGGACAACGCCUACUCCUAUGGUGGCAUGGAUGGCAGCACCGAGGCCGGCGCUCUGGCCGGGCAGGCCAUGAAGGAGAUGGCCUACUACAACGUGCUAUAGCGCGGCAGGUGGCGAGGUGGGCGGGUGGCUGGGUGUGGGGGUGAGACCCCAAGGAGCUGCUGCCCCCCAAAUCCUCUGCACCCUAGGGACCUUUAAACCAAAUGGAGACUGUACUACUGGCCUCGCUGGAGCCUGGCUCAGGCCUGGGCAUCCUGGUGAGGGAAGGGUCACCAAGAUGCCCAGACUGGGUCUUCUUAGCCUGCUGCUGGGGGUGAGGGGGGAGAAAAGCUGGCAGGGCUGUCUGGGGACAGGGCACAGGGCCAUCUCAGGCCUGCAGAGCUGCCCCCAGGUCCUGACACUGCAGGGGAAGGUUCCCCAGCCAGGCCUGUUUCUCUUCUGGACCAAUCCAGGGAUGUCUGAGCCCCCUGCUGGCCGGUACCACCUGCCCCCACACUGCCCAGACCUCAAGGUCCCAGGCCCUGUGCCCACCUGGUCACCCCACCCAGUCACCAGACAGCCAGGCAGGGCCCUCUGCCUUCUACCUCGGGGCCUCCCCCAUGCCCGAGCCCUGCCAGCCUGUAGGAAAGCCAGAUACUAUGCCUCCCACCGCCCCUUGAGCCUGUUCUGCAGCUCUGUUUGGAGUGAGCACCCUUAAAGCAGAUUCUGACAAAUGUCAUCCAGUUCUCUCCGGGGCUCGGGUGCCACACAAAACCAGGACAACCUUGGGUCAGGCACACACGAUCUGAGACAGAUGGAGCAGGGCAAGGUGCAGUAACCCUAGAGACAGGAGAGGCCGUGCUCAGGGGAGGCUGAGGCCCACCUGUGGGGGAAGAGGGACCUUAGUUGCUGAAAUGGGGUUAGCCACAAGUUAGCAGGCUCUUGGGAAAGAGCAACGUAUUUAAAAAGGAAAAUCAAGACCAUAGAGGAAAACAAAAAUUUUUGAACAAAUGGGGGUAUUUUGAAGGUAAUUUAUUAUUUUUUUUCUUUGAAACUGUGUCGCCUAUUAUCCUUUCGGAUGGAGAUGCGUUUUCUUUUUCCACACAUAAGCUUUCUUGUGUGCUGUGUGUGCUUUGAGCCUCCCAGCCCAGGGCAGCCUGGCCCAGCGGGACACAGGCUCUCCGGCCUGGAGGUAGGGAUGGCCAGAGAUGGGCUUUGAACUGCACCUGUGCUCGGCAGCUGGGGCUCUCCCUCCGUCACCCACCUACUGUUGUUGCCUCCCCCGGGCAGUGGAACAGCACAUUCAGGAACUCCAGGGUGCCCAACUCUGCCGCUCACCCCCCAGGCUCAGUGGGAGGGCCAGGCAGGGCUGUCCCCACAGGCACAGGUGACACCAGGAGGGACACAGCAGGGCUGUCCCCGAAGCUGUAUCCCUCAGCACAGGCCCAAGCCAGGCCUCAGAGUGAUGGUCGGAUCAGGGCUGGGGGUAAACACGUCCCCCAGUGUGGUUCCCCAGGCCCCCAACCCCGCCCCCCUCUAGCCUCCCAGGUGCCCGCCAUGAUGACCCUCAGGUGGCAGUGACUCCGGCGUCACUGUACAAGACAUUUUCUCCUGCUGAGCAGAAAGCAUCACCCCUGCAAACUACCUCUUCCCACAAUGUCUUUCUCCCUGGUACCAAAAAACAACAAAAAAAAACCCCUUCUUCCUCCCUCUCCCUCCUGCCAGCGCCUGGGUGCAGUCCUGGAAGCUGGGUCUCCUCUUCUCCUCCCCGUUCCUCCUGGCACCCUGGCACUGCCCCCCGCAAGGCUCCUACUUGAACGCCCCUGCCCCGUGCCUUGUACCUGGGCAACGCGAAGGGAGCAGACAGCACACUCCAGUCUAGCGGGGCGGCCUCGGCCAAGCUCCGGCCCUCACCCCUCCGGCCUCUCGGGUGACUUGCAGACUCCUGGACGGAUUCCACUCUAACUUAUUUUCACAUGUAUACAAACCGACCGUUUAGAGACCCCACUUGUGCAAAGCCCUACUGUGUUUUUAUGUUCCUGUUUAAGAGAGAAGUUUACUUAGCAAUAAUUAUAAAUAAAU